AUGCCCCCGCGUCUCCUGCUCCUGCUCCUCCUCCUGGCCGCCGCCCUCCCGCCGCCGGCCGCGGCCCGGCUCGGCGACCACGAGCCCCCUCCUCCGCCCCCGCACCCGCGCGCCCGCCAGCACCGGGCCCAGAGCGGCGGCGGCGGCAGCGGGGGCGCGAGCCGCGUGCUCACCACCGCGCUCGUCGCCGCCGCGUCGCUCCUCGCCGUGCUCCUGCUCUACCUCUGCGUCGCCAUCGCCGUGCGCCGCAUCCGCGGGAAGGGGGAGGGCGGCCGCGCGUCGCGGCAGCAGGCCUCGCAGUCCUCCCGCGCGGCCGCGUUCCUCCGCCGCCACGGCCUGCACCACAGCCGCCCGGCCUUCACCUACGAGCAGCUCCGCGCGGCCACGGCCGGGUUCGACGCCGCGCGCAAGCUCGGGGACGGCGGCUUCGGGACGGUGUACCUCGCGUACCUCCCGCCCGCCGGCCGCCCCGCCGCCGUCAAGCGGCUCCACGUGCCGCCCUCCCCGUCCCCGUCCUCCGCCACCAUCACCAAGUCCUUCUGCAACGAGGUGCUCAUCCUCUCCGCGCUCCGCCACCCGCACCUCGUCCGCCUCCACGGCUUCUGCGCCGACCCGCGCGCGCUGCUCCUCGUCUACGACUUCGUCCCCAACGGCACCCUCUCGCACCACCUCCACCGCCGGGGCCGCGCGGCCGCCUCGCCGCUGCCGCCGCCGCUCCCCUGGCGGACCCGGCUCGCCAUGGCGGCCCAGAUCGCGUCGGCGCUCGAGUACCUCCACUUCGCGGUCAAGCCGCACGUGGUCCACCGCGACGUAACCUCCUCCAACAUCUUCGUGGAGGCGGACAUGCGCGCCCGGCUCGGCGACUUCGGCCUGUCCCGGCUCCUGGCGACGCCCGACGCCUGCUCCACGGCGACCGGGCGGGAGGUGGUGUGCUGCACCGCGCCGCAGGGGACUCCCGGGUACCUGGACCCGGACUACCACCGGUCGUUCCAGCUGACGGAGAAGAGCGACGUGUACAGCUUCGGCGUGGUGGUGCUGGAGCUGGUGACGGGGCUGCGGCCCGUGGACGUGGGCCGGGAGCGGCGGGACGUGACGCUGGCGGACUGGGUGGUGUCCAAGAUCCAGAUCGGCGAGCUGAGGGAGGUGGUGGACCCGCCGGUGCUGGGCGAGCUCCCCGGCGUGAUGCCCAGCGUGGAGGCGGUGGCGGAGCUUGCGUUCCGGUGCGUGGCGCCGGACAAGGACGACCGGCCCGACGCCCGGGAGGCGCUGGCCGAGCUGAGGAGGAUCCAGGGGAUGAUCCCUGAGCUGCCCAACCACAAGGAUUCCUCUUGA